AUGUGGAUUUUAUUAUUAUUCUCUUUAUCUAGUGCAGGCCAAUACCCAUGCAAGUUCACAAUGCCUGACGGAAACGUGAUUGACUUGAGCUCUCUAUACACUGAAGUUCCAGAUUACGAAAUGGAUGCUAUGGAUUUUGUAUAUCGCGUUAAUAUCUGUGGAGAUGCCCAUAAGACCUGUGGAGCUGACCCAGGAAUUGCUACACAAUGGGAAUACAAUGGAAACUGCGUCGCAGUGCUUGCUCGGCAAAGCGGAGCUCCCCCAAAAGCAACCUACAUAAAUUCAGACGACCCAGACCUUGGAAUUCAAUUGACCUACUUCAAUGGCGAUAAUUGCUACAAUGGCCCUCGGCAAGUCAUAUACAAUCUGCAUUGCGCAAAAGAAAAAACUCGCAUAACAAUGAUUGAAGAAUUUUCCACAUGUGUCUAUACCUUUGAAAUCAACAGUAAAAAUGUAUGCCCAGGCAAAAGUGGGGUAACUAAAAAAUCUACAGGACUAAGCACUGGAACUUUAUUGAUUGUAGCUACUGUGAUUAUAUUUGCAGUAUAUUGUAUUGUCGGAUCUGUAAUAAAUAGAAAAAACGACCCAGAAUUGUCAAUUUCAGAAAGCAUACCUCACAGAGCUUUUUGGACUGAACUUCCUUCAUUAGUGGGGGAUGGAGUUCAAUAUACGCUAAGUAAGGGUAGAGAUUUUGUUGAGAGAGUCAGAGGAAGAGAAUAA